GUGUUCCACGGUUCCCAACUACGGGUGCCCACACGACUCAAUCCGCGUUCGAAAUCUCCUCCUCCUCCCCUCCCCCUACAGGGGCGGUACUCCCGGCUCCUGAGAGGUGGGGUCGGUAUAAAGGGGUUGAGGUCACCGAGAAGGGGCGAAAGCGCGACGGGACGUGAGCCGAAGGACAGAAGCUUCAAGUCUCAAGUCCCCGCGUCAUCCCGCUUUCUCGCUCCCUCUUCCCCUGGGAUCCAGAACCUCCACCCUUACAGGCUCGCUGGCUCGUGGCCAAGGAGCUCGCGCGUCGCCUCCGCCCCGAACGCAAACAGCUGUUCCCCGAGACGUCGCCGCCCUCAACUUUUGCCAACUAGUCUGCACGCACUUUGACCAGCGGAGCAACCUGGACCCGUAGGUUGGGGGCCGUUGGCGGAGUUAAAAAAAAAAAAAAAAAAGAAAGGUGAAACAGCUGGUUUCGAGGCCACGAGUUGCUGGCCUUCGCCUCAGAACUUUCCUGAGGCGGCGGAGCGGCCCGCCCCGCCCCCGCGCCUCUCGCGCGCUCGGGCCGCGCUCGUUCCCUCGCUCGGGAGCGCGUGGGCAGGGGCGGCAGCGGCUCGAGUGGCGGCGACAAGAAGUGGAGCAGAGGCAGCGGCCGGCGCUUGCGCUUGUCAGGCCAAGAAAUUCUAGAAAAGAAAAAUUUCAGAAAAAUUGCCUCCGUUCGAGUACGAUAUCAGUGAACCAAGAAAAUUUGAAGCACCUUUCCUCAAGAAAACCUGGGUAUACAGUAACUUCACAGACUUAGCUGAGGGUUUUUUACCCAAAUUGGUCACUGGACUCUGCUGCCUGAUACUUGAACCUGUUUGGAGUUUUUCUCAUGUGGAUCUAAGGGGAAUGCUUUAUUAUGGCUGCUGUUGUCCAACAGAACGACCUAGUAUUUGAAUUUGCUAGUAACGUCAUGGAGGAUGAACAACAGCUUGGUGAUCCAGCUAUUUUUCCUGCUGUAAUUGUGGAACAUGUUCCUGGUGCUGAUAUCCUCAAUAGUUAUGCGGGUCUAGCCUGUGUGGAAGAGCCCAAUGACAUGAUUACUGAGAGCUCCCUGGAUGUUGCUGAAGAAGAAAUCAUAGAUGAUGAUGACGACGACAUCACCCUGACAGUUGAAGCUUCCUGUCAUAAUGGGGAUGAAACAAUUGAAACUAUCGAGGCUGCUGAGGCACUCCUCAAUAUGGACUCUCCUGGCCCUAUGCUGGAUGAAAAACGAAUAAAUAAUAAUAUAUUUAGUUCAUCUGAAGAUGACAUUGUUGUUGCCCCAAUCACCCAUGUAUCCGUCACAUUAGAUGGGAUUCCUGAAGUGAUGGAAACUCAGCAGGUUCAAGAGACAUAUGCACACUCACCAGGAGCCUCAUCACCAGAACAACCUAGGAGAAAGAAAGGGAGAAAAACUAAACCACCACGACCAGAUUCCCCAACCACUACACCAAACAUAUCUGUGAAGAAGAAAAACAAAGAUGGAAAGGGAAACACAAUUUAUCUUUGGGAAUUUUUACUGGCACUGCUCCAGGACAAAGCUACUUGUCCUAAAUAUAUAAAAUGGACCCAACGAGAAAAAGGCAUUUUUAAAUUGGUAGAUUCUAAAGCAGUAUCCAGGUUGUGGGGGAAGCACAAAAACAAACCUGACAUGAACUAUGAGACCAUGGGAAGAGCUCUCAGGUACUAUUACCAAAGGGGUAUUCUGGCAAAAGUAGAAGGUCAGCGUUUGGUGUAUCAGUUUAAGGAAAUGCCAAAAGAUCUUAUUUAUAUAGAUGAUGAGGAUCCAAGUUCCAGCAUAGAGUCUUCAGAUCCAUCACUGUCUUCAACAACCACUUCAAGUAGGAACCAAACAAGCCGAUCGAGAGUAUCUUCAAGUCCAGGGAUAAAAGGUGGAGCCACUACAGUUCUAAAACCAGGGAAUUCUAAAGCUACAAAGCCCAAAGAUCCUGUGGAAGUUACACAGCCAUCAGAAGUUCUGAGGACAGUGCAGCCCACACAGUCUCCGUAUCCUACACAGCUCUUCCGGACUAUUCAUGUAGUACAGCCAGUACAAGCUGUCCCAGAUGGAGAAGCAACCAUUACCAACUGUGUGCAGGACGAAACUUCCGUUCAGAGUAUUAGGACUAUACAGGCUCCAACCCAAGUUCCAGUGGUCGUAUCUCCUGGGAAUCAGCAUUUGCAUACAGUUACACUCCAGACAGUGCCAAUCACAACAGUUAUAGCCAGCACAGAUCCAUCAUCAGGUGCUGGAUCUCAGAAAUUUAUUUUACAAGCCAUUCCAUCAUCACAGCCCAUGACAGUACUGAAAGAAAAUGUCAUGCUGCAGUCACAGAAGCCAGGCUCUUCUCCUUCGAUUGUCUUGAGCCCUGCCCAUGUACAGCAGGUUCUUACUAGCAAUGUUCAGUCCAUUUGCAAUGGAACCGUCAGUAUGGCUUCAUCUCCAUCCUUCAGUGCUACUACACCUGUGGUGACCUUUUCUCCUCGCAGUUCACAACUAGUUGCUCACCCACCUGGCACUGUGAUCACUUCAGUUAUCAAAGCUCAAGAAACAAAAACUCUUAUACAGGAAGUAGAGAAAAAAGAGGUUGAAGAUCAUUUGAAAGAAGACACUGAGAAAACUGAGCAAAAGCCACAGCCUUAUGUGAUGGUGGUAUCCAAUUCCAAUGGAUUUACCUCUCAGGUAGCUAUGAAACAAAAUGAACUGCUGGAACCCAACUCUUUUUAAUUAAUAUACCAAAGGAAUUAUGAAUUAUUGUUUUUUAAUUGAACAUUUUCAGUUGUAUGCAAACUAUCUGAGUCUAAGAUAAAUUCUACAGACAUUCCUAAUUUUGUAGUUUAUUGUUAAAAAUAAUAAUUUAGAGUUAAUUUUGACUUUGUUAGAUGAGGGAAGGAAACCCAGGUGUUUCUCUUUGUUCUCCAAAUGUUUCAGAAUUCAAUUGUGAAGGAACAAGCAUUUUAUACUAUGAAGACAUUCUUUUGAGGUUUUUUUCAGUUGCUAUAUAAGCAUUUUUAAAGUUUCUUUUUAAAUUUUACAUUGUAUUAGCUUUUCUGAUUCUUUUGUAAAUACAGUACUUAAUAAAUAUAAGGCAACAGGAAAUUUAUAUAGGAACUAUUUUCAUUCCACUUGUAUAAGUUAAGUCUUGACUCUUUCAAAUGGAAGACACCUAUUUUAUGCCUUGUUAAAAUUAUGAUUUCACUUAGAUUGACUUUAGUUGGUUGCACUGUAUAAUGAACUAUGAAUAUGUAAAAUGUAACCUUGAAAAUUGGAAUGUGCCCAUGAUAUGGCCAAACCUGUUUCAGAAGCAGGAUAGUAUAAAAACAUUAGCCUAAGAGUGGCUCUCCUGCUAACUUGUGUAACCUUGGGCAAGCCACUUAAUCAUUUUGGGCCUCGGUUCUCUCAUAAAAGGAAGGGAUGCAUUGCAUUAGACUAGAUGAUCUCCAAUUUCCUUUCUAGUUCUAAAUUUUAUGAUUCUAACUCCUGUAUUUUAAAGUUGUAUCAAUUAAAACAUUAUCAGCUUAUUUCCUAAUGUAAAUAUUAAGCUAAAAUGCAGAAAAGUAAGUGGCCCUAUAAAAUUCAUUCUUUUAUUAUCCGUAAGACCUGCUAUGAACCUGAAUUGUUCCUUAAUACUUUUUGUUCAUUAACUCUUUAGGCCACUAUGCACUGUGGUGCAUUAGUAAAUUUGUGUUGCUGAGUGCUAAAUGAUGUACCGCUAUUCUGAGAGUCAAGGUUCUUUCUUAAGGGCCCAGAAAGCAACCAAGCCUUGGGCUAAUCUAGCUGAGUAGUACUAUAAAAGCAUAAUUGCUUUAUAUUUUGGAUCAUUUUUUACUGGGAGUUGGGAUUGCAGACAAAGAUAAUAUACAUAUAUAUCCAAGUUUCUGAAAUGAAACAGUUUUUAGAUUACUUUCUCGGCUGUAAAUAAUGUACAUUUAAUUUCACAAAAAAAUUGUUUUCUGCAAAUUUUCUAGCAUAGCAAAGAAAUUUUUGUAGAUGAAAAAUCGUUAUGUUUAGAGGUCUAAUAUUAUGUGUUUUCAUAUUACAGAGUGAAUUUGUAUUUAAACAAAAAUUUAAAUUUUGGAAUCCUCUAAACAUUUUUGUAUCUUUAAUUGGUUUAUUAUUAAAUAAAUCAUGUAAAAAUUC